AUGUCGGCCACACCCCUCCCUCUCGAGCUCAUAGGACUCAUCGUUCUAGAGCUCGCGGACAAUGGCGACACGGCGACCCUCGCCUCGCUGGCGCGCUGCAACUCGACGCUCAACGAGCUGGCAACGCUCCCACUCUACCGCCGGCUGGUGCUGACUCGUCGUAACGCGGCGCGCCUCUUCCAUGGCCUCGACUACAAGCCUCCACGUCCACCCAUGACCAAAGCCGAGUACGAAGCCGGACUGGCCGCGUUUGCAGAGCGCUUCAGCGACCUCUUCGACCCGGAGAACGAGCUCGAGGAGGAAGACGACGGCGACUGGCCGCACAGCAACUGGAUCGACCAGCCAGACACGGACGACGACCUCGCGCCCUCGGCCGACGAUCUGCGCGCCGUGUCCCCUAGUGACUGGGCACGCCGGCUCGAACUCCUCGCCAUGUGCACCCACCUCACUAUUCUCCAAGUGCCCGAAGAGGGGUUCGUGGCCGCCCUCCCUAAGGCCGUCAAGACGGACGACGACGACAAGCCCCUGCAGCUCUUCCCCAAUGUUACCCACCUCGCCAUUGGCAAUCGCGCUGUUCUCACACUCUCAAACUACAGCGCCCGCAUGAUCUAUGACGACCCCGAGCACCCGCUCGCCGCCCUCAUCGACAAGGGCGUCCUCGGCCGCCCGCACUCGGCAUGCAUCACCUGUGUCCCCGACGAAGGCGUCCCAGGCAUCCCGCCCAACUACAUCUACCAUCUCUUCGCCGACACAAAGCUCGACAAGAUUGAGGAGGACCAGGUCAGGUUCGUCUUGUCCGAGUUUGGCCAGCACUACUACACGACCAACCUUGGCCGCACCCAGGUCGCUGCCGAUGCCCUCCCGGACAGCGUCGUCAGCCUGACGUCUCAUGCCAUGCGGUACUCUGGCCCACGCGAAAGCCAAGCCCUCCGAGGGCCUGACCACGACGCUGGUAUCGGCCUUCCAUUCGUUGGCGGCACGCAGGACCGCACAUACCGCGUGUUUUACGACAGUGCCGAGAUCGACUCACAGCAGGAGCGCGCCGACACCGUCGCCCUCGCCCUCAAGCUGUCAGCCCCAACUUCCGACCUCGGCCCCUGCGAGAUGUGGGAGCAUAUCGAUGUGACCAACGGUGUCGAUAAUGGCACUGUCAAGGGCAUACAGACUGCUGUGCAGAGUCUUCUUGCUAGCGACCCGGCAGGCUAUGCUCGACGAACAGUCAGCUUCUGCGGGGCCGCUGUUUCACUGGUCCCUUGGAUCGAAGAGGACCGUGAUACAGAACUCGAGGCCGCCCACGUCGCUGCCAAGGACGAAUACAAUCGGCUCGUUGGCGAAGUGCGCGAUAAGGAGAACGCGCGACGCGAAGCGCGCAAACAGGCUACGUUUGCCGCGACCUAUACCGUUCUCCUGCCUGGACAAGCCAAAGAGCUGCAGCCUGCGAAGGAGAAGAUGGUUGAAGCGCAAUUAAUUGUGGCCCAGAAGCGACGAGAGGCAAAUGCCGCCACCAGCGCCUGGGCGGCAACGAAGGACGCAAACGCCAAAGCCGCCGCCCAGACGGCCAUGGAUGCUGCCAGUGCUGCACUUACAACGGCCCAGAAGGCCAACAAAGCGUUGUCCGCGGAGUACCACAAUGGCCUGAACGCAGCCCUCCUCAUCUCCGCGGCCCAAACGAGGACCGAUGGGUCGGAAGAUACCGACGGGAAGGAUGCGCCAGGCUAA